ACCAAUAGGUUAAUGCCACGUAGCAAACCUAAAUUUUUUAAAAGCAAAAAAUAAAAAGAAUUUCCGCGUUUUCCUUUUUUCUUUGGUUUUCCUAUAUAUACGUAAACAGAAUUGCCGUUAGGCCUAAAAAUAUCUCCCCAGGAAAGAAAGCCUAGUUUAUAUUUCUUCGUCGGAAAAAACAUCGGAGGCGUUUCUCCGACGAGGCGUUUGGAAGUAACUUUCAAGCAACAUGCAAAACCAUGAACAUCAUCAUCGUCAUCGAAAACUUGAGGCGGUGAAGAAUGAUGAUAAGCAACUCGAGCGAGUUGACUCAGCUGAAGAAGACAAAGAGAAGAAGCAGAGAUUCAAGAGCAAAUUGGUGAAGUACGAAGAAUUACCGGAGUAUUUGAAGGAUAAUGAGUUCAUUUUGGAUUAUUACCGAUGUGAAUGGCCAUUGAGGGACAUUUUGCUUAGCGUUUUCUCAUGGCACAACGAAACGCUAAACAUCUGGACGCAUUUGGGAGGGUUUUUAAUAUUCGUUGGAUUAACGGUGAUGAGUUCCAUGGAGGAGUUUGGAGGUAGAGGCUUGAUCUCCAGUUUUUCCAGAGCUCAAGUAUCAGGACCGUCGAUGAUGAUGAUGAAGAAUGAUGUUAACGCCUCUGAUAAUAAUCACAGUAUCGUUUCGGAUUCACACUUCAGGCAGAUUUCUCCGCCACCUCUCUUUGAAUUGCAGAAAGAAGAUGGCUAUAAACCUAUUCCAAAAUGGCCCUGGUUUGUUUUCUUGUUUGGUGCUAUGGGCUGCUUGAUUUGCAGCUCGGUCUCACACCUCUUUGCUUGCCACUCCAGACGCUUUAACCUCUUCUUCUGGCGCCUAGACUAUGCCGGCAUCUCUCUUAUGAUAGUCUGCUCCUUCUUUGCCCCUAUCUACUAUGCCUUCUUCUGCCACCCAUAUCCACGUCUCUUUUAUCUCGCAUCCAUAACAGUGCUCGGAAUCCUUGCCAUCAUCACUCUGCUUGCACCUGUUUUCACAGCACCCCGUUUCCGAUCCUUUCGAGCUUCCUUGUUCCUUACAAUGGGCUUCUCAGGAGUGAUCCCAGCGGCACAUGCAGUUGCCUUGCACUGGGGCCAUCCGCAUAUAUUUGUAUCCCUUGGAUAUGAGCUAGCGAUGGCCUUCCUAUAUGCUGCAGGAGCUGCAGUUUACACUAGCAGAAUACCAGAGCGGUGGAAGCCUGGUGCAUUUGAUAUUGCAGGUCACAGCCAUCAGAUAUUUCAUGUAUUUGUUGUUCUCGGGGCACUUGCUCAUUGUGUUGCCACGCUAGUGAUUAUGGAUUUUCGCCAGGUAUCAGCAACCUGCGUGUGUUAGGGCAUUCUACAUUUUAGGUAGACAAUGCUAGUAAUGAGAGAUUUCCUCAUUGUUUCUCCCGUUGUUUGGCUUAUUGUAUCACUUCCACGAACAUCAUUUUCUUCAGAAAGUGAGAGAAGUUCAGGUUGUUGUAUUGAUGACAUUCAAAAUCAUAUUUGAUUGCUCAUACUGACUUUGGAACUCAAAA